GCGUCGCCUGCAGCGCACCGGUGCGCAGCCGCAAUGGCCGACGUGCUGCUGGGCUCGGAGCGCCGCGUCCUCAUCAGCGGCUACGGCCUCGCCCCGCCGCCGGAGAGCCUCCUCGGUCGCCUCGACCAGAUCGACCUGCGGUUGCGGCAGCUGGAGGAGCAGCGGCGGCGGGGGGCGAAGGUCGACGACCACGACUGCGACUCCGACACCGCCGGCGACCAUCGCGCCGUCCGCCGCGCGCCGGCGGCGCGCCACCAGCACACCAAGUCGCUGCCGUCGGCGCUGCAGCAGUUGCAGGUGAAGGGCGACCUCAUGGACCGCCUCAACCUGCUCGAGUCCCGCAUCAGGCAGCUCAGCUGCGAGCUGGACGGCGCCUUGCCGGCGGCGCGGCCGGCCGAGGACCGCGCGUGGUCCGAGCCGCCUCUGCCGGAGCCGUGCGAGGACCGGCCGCCGGCGUGCGCCGCCGGGAGCUGGAGCGCCACGCAGCUACUGGGUGCGCGGCAGCUUCAUCGCACCAAACCAAACCCACACAAGAGCCUGAAGGAGGCGAAGUGUGCGUGUGAGAAGGAGAAGAGGAAGGCGGAGCGCAGGAAGGCAGGAAGGAGGUGGUUCACUGUCGGAUGCUAAUCAACAAGACGCAUACGGAUUAACUCACCAUAUCAUAAUCUCCUUACUUAUUUAAUUAUAGGCGCUACUAUUACGUACUAUAUUUUAUAUUUAUAUAUAUACAUAUAUAUAUACAGUAGCAUCAUGCAAGCGUUUUAAUUAUUAUGUGUACGUAUUCUGUCUUUUGCUCUGUGUGUCCGUCUGUUAUUUGUUUUUUGUGAUUUGUACUGGCUGUAACUUGUAAGACGUAUAAAAUAUAAAUUCUAAGUUGUUGCCAUUUUUGGCGAGUUUUGAUAAUGGAUAUAAAUUAGCAGUCUUCAGCUUCCAGU